AUGGCUAAGGCCAUACCUAUUGUCAUGCCUAACACAAAACAUCGCCUUUGCACUUUGCAUUUGAUGCAAAAUGCAUUAAGGCAUGCAAAUUCUAUCUUCAAGGAUAAGGAGGUGAAGGAUAAGGGGAUGAAGAGCGUUUUAUCCAAAUUUAUGUACGACAUUGAGGAUAAGGAUGAUUUUAUGUUAAAAUGGGAGGAAAUGCUUGACAAGUAUGAAGUGCGAGAUAAUCAUUGGUUGAAGUUAACAUUUGGGGUCAAGGACAAAUGGGGUUGGCCAUAUGUUAGAAAUGCAUGGAGUGAGGGUAUGAGUAGCACCCAACUUGGUGAAUCCUUUAAUGCAUUCUUGAAGGAUUUCAUUCAGUCUGAUCAUAACUUAAUGCAAUUUUUCAUGCAUUUUGAUCGAGUUCUUUGUGAGAAGAGGUACAAAGAGUUACAAGCCGAAUAUGCUCUAUGCCAAAAGUUGCCAAGGGUGAAUAUUAAAGUGAAGAUUAUGGAACAAGCUGUAGAUGUUUACACAAAUAAAAUUUAUGAAGAAUUUCAAGAUGAGUAUGUCAAGUCCCUUGAAGUAAACAUUGAAGAAACUGAAAUUUGUGGUGAGAGUACCAUUUAUACGAUUCUUGAUAGUGAUGGUGUAAAGGUGAGGAAGGUGACAGUGGAGUGUGAUGGUUCACUCACUUGCAAUUGUAGAAAGUUUGAAAUGAAAGGCAUUUUGUGUAGUCAUUGUUUGAAGAUCCUUAGAAAAACCCUCAAAUUCAAAGAGAUUCCUUUCCAAUAUAUUCUCAAGAGAUGGACUAAAAAAGCAAGAGUCGAAAAUGUGAAAGAUAGGUGUGGGCAUGAUAUUAAGGUUGAUGUAAGAUUGCAUCAAACUUCACGCUUUAGAUCAUUGAUGGCAAUUUUCAGAGCAGUAGCGUGUAGAGCUUCCGAAAGUGAGGAAACAUAUAACUUGACGAUACUAUUGAACAAGAAAGCCCUCCCGACACAUGUCUCGAAAGCUUUGAAGUGGAUGGUGUAG